AUGAAUAAAUCAAUGUUAACAUUUUUAAGUAAAUUAUCAAUAGUUCUAUUAUGUAUUCUUGGUCUUACUGAAUUAGCAUUUGCUCUAUGGAGUGUACUUGAUCAUCGAUAUAAAACUUUAGCUUAUAGUCUUGCUGAUGUUGGUUAUAUUGAUCUAUGGAUAUUAAGAUAUUUAUCAUUAUGUUUAUUUGUUUCAUCGAUUAUAACAUUAGCUAUGUGUUUAAUCUUAGUAUGGGGUUUAUAUUCAGCACAUGUAUUUUUAUUUAUUGCAUCAACAAUGCUUGUUUUUAUUAUUAUCGGUGAAUUUACUAUAUCAAUACUUACAUUUACAAGUAAAUAUGAAACAAGACUUACACUUAUGGAACAAUUACCAAAAUUAGUAAUUACUUAUCGACAAGGUAAUGAUGAACGUGCUAAACGAGCUUUAGAUAAACUUCAAUCCACAUUUCAUUGUUGUGGAGCUGAUGGACGUUUAUCAUAUCAAAAUAAUGUACCAUUAAGUUGUAAUAUGUUUAAUAUUGGAUGUCUUACACGUACAAUGUAUUUUCUUGAUUCAUGGAUGGAUGCAUUAGCAUAUAUAUUAUUAUUUUUUAGUUUAAUUAAACUUUUUAUUGUUCUAUUAUUCUAUUCAUUUUUAUGUCUAUAUCAAAAACAUCGUUUAAAAACUAAUCGUCAUUUAAUUAAUGAGUCAUCUGUAUGGCGUCAUUCAUCAAGUUUAGAUUCUUCAUCAGGAGAUAAUCUUUCAAAAAAAGUUCUCAUGUCAACAACAAUGACAAAUAAUGAUGAUGAUGAUGAUGUAAAUAAUAAUCAUGAUAAUGAUUAUAUUGAAAAACGACAUGUUAUGCCUAAUGUAUAUGAAUCAUCAUCAUCAUCAUCACCAUUAAAUCAACGAACACAAAAUACAACGAUAAAUUCACCAUCAUCAUUAUUGAAUAAUAAUAAUAAUGGAUUAAUGACAUCUUAUGAACAAUAUACAUCAAGAAAAUUAUCAGCAAUAUCAGAAAGAACUGAAAAAAGUGAAACAGAUGAUAGUGAACCUGAUCUUUUACGUUUAAAACAUUAUAUUCCAAAACGAAAAGCAAUUAUAACAGCUAUUCAUCAAAAACAAUAUCUACCAUCAUUAUCAAAACAAUUACCAAUUACUAAAAGUCGACGAAAAAUUAUACGAGAAGAUGAUAAUGAUUCAGGUGUUGAACGUUCAUCAUCAGAAAAAUCUUUCGAAGAUCAAAACAUCCAAAAACCAUAUUCUGAUAUUUCUACAACAAUUGAUACAACUACAAAAUCAAAACAAACAAAUAAUAAAUCACCUUCACUUAGUUUUUCCAAAGUUUUUAUAACAUCUGUAUCUCAAAUUCAAACAAAAGAUGAUGAAAUUCAAAAAUCUCUUACAACAGCAUCAUCAUCAUCCGAUAAUUCACCUUCAAAUGAUAUCAUAAUAAUACCAAAACCAAUAUUAAAAAAAUCUAGUCCACAAACAUCACCAGAUCAAAUUUCAACAAAAUAUCGUGAUCAAAAAAAAAUUUCAUCUAAUUAUACAAAUACAUCUUGUUUAUUACAUAAUAUACCAAAACCAAUACCACGAUCAAGUUUAAAACAAUUAAAACAAGAAGAAAGUUUUGUUUAA